AGAGAGAGAGAGAGAUAUUGAGAGAGAGAGAGAGAGAGAAAAGAGAGACAGAGAGAGACAGAGAGAGAGAGAGAGAGAGAGAGAGAGAGAGACUUCACAACGAGUGAUCUUUUAUCAGUAUAGCAGAUGCUUCUACUACAGGGUGGAGUCAACAUGCACUGCAUUCUCUUCUUCAUCACAGCACUCUGUGUUUCUGAUAUAUUCAUCACAUUAAGUGCUCAGUAUCGUCUGGAGUGUCUCAAUGACUAUAUAUCGACUGUAACCUGCUCUCUCAACAUCUCUGAAUUCCCGGGCAACGUGUCGGCGUAUAGACUAGAGUUCAGCUCAUUCGGCGAACAUGAAAACUGCACACUGACAGUGAGAGAGGAGUCUCUGGUGUGCGUGUUGGAUUUCUCUCCGGUCAUCUUCAGUGAUGUGGACAGCUACUCUAUCUCCCUUCGUUCCGGUUACCAUGGCAACAACAUCUCAGUGGUGCUGGAUGGUGACUAUGUGCCUAAGAACACGGUAAGAGCGGGACGGCACGUCAAAGUACGUCCGCUGGCUCCGUGUAAUCUGACUUUGAUCUGGAACAAGGACGGAGCUGUUGUGCAGUGGCAAAGUGGAUAUAACCCAAAGCGCUUGAUCAUAACGCAUCUCCAAUACCAGCUCAGCAUAGACAGCAGACAUGCAGAAACUUAUCUGGUGACUGUUAGGGAUGAGAAGGUGUUUGUGGAGGAGCGUAGAUUCAAAGCUCACACCAAUUACACAGUGCGCGUGCGAACACAGCCAAAUCAAGAGUACUACAGGGGCGUCUGGAGUGAAUGGAGUCCUCCCUUAUACUGGAGCUCAGAAGUUUCUAAAGAAAGCUCUUUCCACAUGAACACAUAUCUUCUGCUCAUGCCCGUGUCACUGGUCCUUCUCCUCUGUAUCUCAUACUCCAGAUGCAGAAAGCAGGAGUAUGUCCCGUCACCGGCCCCGUAUUUCAGAGACUGGAACAGAGACCUUCAGAUCCAUUCAUUGCUCUCAGGUAAGAUGAGAGAUGUCAUGCAAGGGGAUGAGGCUUUACAGAUCCACAUUGUGACCGAGAACGACGACACGCCCCCCAAACAAAUGACAGAAGAGCAUGAAUCCACACCACCCCAAUCUCCUGUGGGUUCAGAGGUCGACUCGGGCUGUUGGAUUCGUGAUGUCAUGGCAACAGAGAGAGGAAGCAUAACAUGCAGUGAAGACUACUGUACACUUUCUCAUUCACUGCACACUUACGCUGUGUGAUAUUACACACAUAAUCCGCUUAAAGUUAGAAAACCAAGCAACGUUUGAGCAAGAAGGAUUUUAUUGACAUCACUUACAACAUAUUAAACUUUGCGUUGAAAAACAAAAUCAUGCGAAAGAUUCCUUGCACUGAGGCCCUUGAUAAUAAAACCACAAGUUUAUUUAGCACAUUUAAGAGUUAAAACACACCAGAAGCAAAGCACAAGAGAGAAAACCACUGAAACAUCUUAACAUGUCAUUUUGUAGACCUUUUUCAACUACGUACACAAUCCCUUAAAUAUUUACUAACCUUGUUGCUAUUUUCUGCAAAUGAUACUUCUGUCUGUCUUGAAAGAUAUUCUACAAGAUUGUUAAGAGCUUCUGCUAUCACUCAUUGUGUUGUUAUACUCCUAAUAUUUCAAUGAUCAAUGCAGCUGUAGAAAAUGUAUAAAUAAACUUAGGUGUAUAAAAUA